AUGGCAUUAGAUGAACCAGUCCCAGAUGUAGAUAAACUUAAUGCUAGGACAAUAAGAUUUCAAUACCUUGACACUUCUAUUCGUCUCUAUCAAGCUGCCCUAAAAGGUGAUUGGGAAGAUGCUGAGGCCCUAUUUGAGAAAUAUUCAGAUGUGUUUGGUCGUCCCAUAACAGAAGAGAAUGAGACAGUUCUUCACAUCGCAGUUGCAGCAGAACGUCCAGCUUUUGUAAAAGUGUUGGUGAAACGGAUGAGUUCGGAUGAAAUAGCAUUACAAAGCAAAAAUGGAAACACAGCCCUUUGCUUUGCUGCUGGAUCAGGAAUCGUGUUAAUUGCUAAGGAGAUGGUGGAAGUGAACAAGAAACUGCCAUUAAUCCGUGGUAUUGAUGGAAAGACACCACUUUACAUGGCAGCGUUGAACGGACAGAGAGAUUGCCGGUGUCCUAUCUAUACCCUCUCACUCCUUGUGAAGAUUUGGAAUCUAAAGAACGCAUUGAUAUCCUUGUUGCCACUAUUUCUACUGACAUAUGUAGCAUUGAAAAUUCUGAGAAAGGAUCGAAAAUUAGCAACCGAGAAGAAUAGCUUCAACCAGCUAGCUUUGCAAGAGUUGGCCAGAAAACCUUCUGCAUUCGGAGACGAAAGAUUCAAAGGGAUGUCUAACAAAGCUUUGAUGCAGACGUUAGCUCAUGAAUUGGUUAAACUCCUCUGGAGUGAGACUCUACUAUUGCCAAAAGACCAAUUCUCAAAACUAGUUGACAACCAUUCGACUUUACUUUUUGAAGCUGCCGAAUUAGGGAAUGUUGAUUAUCUAAUUAUACUUAUACGCUCUUAUCCUGCUCUCAUAUGGAGAGUAGACGAGAAAAACCGAAGUAUAUUUCACAUUGCUGUUAAACUUCGGCAAGAAAAUGUAUUCAAUCUAAUAUAUGAGAUAGGUUCUAUCAAGGGUAUGAUUGCACAAUAUAUUGACACAGACGAUAACACCAUGCUUCACUUAGUUGGACGAUUGGCUCCUUUAGAGAGACUAAAUAUCAUAUCAGGAGCAGCCCUUCAAAUGCAACAAGAGUUAUUGUGGUUUAAGGAGAUAGAAAAGAUUGUGCCACCUUCAUACAAGAAGCUGAUGAAUAAAGAUUUAGAAGGUGAACCUACGGAUACACCGUGGGAAUCAUUCACAAAGAAUCAUGAAAAGUUAAAAGAACAAGGUGAAAAGUGGAUGAAAGACACUGCAAACUAUUGCAUGCUUGUGGCGGCACUGAUUGCCACAGUGAAAACUCAAGAGGAUGUGGUUCAGCCUGAUAUUGCUGUAGUGGAGCUGAUUGAGAAGAAUAUGAAUGAUCCUAGAACUGCGGAUUUGAUUGAUGGUGCAGUUCAUAAAAUUGUGGAGCAGGAUUUCCAGGAACUUGAGCAUGCCAUGAGAGAUUUGACUGUUGGCUCCAUGUUGGGUUAUAAGAAUCAAAAUAGCUGUCGUCCCUCGGUCUAG